AUGGCGAGCCGUGUGAUGGACUAUGCGCAGCAAGUCUCUGAAACACUGAAGAAUUUCCGCGAGAAUAAACUCUCGACUGUGCGCCCUGUGCGCGAGUUCUUUGACUACCACCGGAUCAGCGUGCCGCGCGACACGAAUGAGGCGAUCCAACGUAUCACGUACAAUACGCGCCACUUUUCCGGUAACUACUCGCUUGUCAUCAUUCUGCUCGCGAUUUACAGCCUUCUGUCAGACCCCUUGUUGCUGAUUGCUCUCUUUAUCCUGGUGGGUGGAUUCGCGGCGAUCAACCGCUUUGCGCCAGAACCCAUGCAGGUGGGAAACCAUCUCGUCACGCAGAAGAGCCUGUAUGCGAUCCUUGUGGUGGUUGUGCUCGUGCUCUUGUGGUUCGCUCAGCCAUUCGCCCUGAUUUUCUGGCUUGUGGGCAGCAGUGCGCUGCUGAUUCUUGGACACGCUGCGUUCAUCGAACCGCCUGUCUCGAGCGAGUACGCUGGUGUCGAGUCGGUCUAA